AUGGACGCCAAUUCCCAUGCGACCGGAGCGUCCAGCAGCUCACAAGAGACGCCCGAGACGAUGCCUGUCCGCACUCAUCAUUCAGAGGAACUCGACGAAAAGCUGGCAAUGUAUCUCGAGGAAAAGAGACAGAACAGCACCUCGAGCCAACCGUCUGCGUCUGAGAAAGCGUCUCCACAGAGCGUCAUCGCGCUGCCGGAACGCUCAAACUCUUGCGGCUCCAACAACGGCAGCGUUGCAAGCCCACCAGCACAACCUUACCGUGGUCAAGGGACAAAGGAAGAUCCAUAUAUAGUCGACUGGGAUGCAGACGAUCCAGCCGAUCCAUACAAUUGGUCGCGGAGCCGUCGGUGGCUUCUCACGGGCCAGCUUGCGUUCGGGACUCUUUGCAUAACCCUGGGUUCCUCGUCGUAUUCCGGUGCCAUCCCUCGCGCAAAGAAAGAGUUACACAUGACCAACGCCGUCGCAAUUCUCCCCAUUUCAGUUUACGUCUUCGGGUUUGCAUUAGGGCCCCUCGUUUUUGCCCCCCUGAGUGAGCUCUACGGCCGGAGGCGCAUCUUUCUGUGCUCGUUCCUUCCAUUUUUCCUAUUCCAAAUACCUUGUGCGCUGGCGCCAAACCAGUAUGUGCUCGUGGUGUUUCGGUUCCUCGCAGGUGUCUUUGGGUCGAGCCCCUUGAGCAACGGCGCUGGCGCUCUAGCGGAUAUCUGGCCAGCAAGCCAACGAGGAGUAGCUGCCAGCAUCUACAGCAGUGGGCCGUGGUUUGGACCCAUCAUGGGUCCUAUGGUCGGAGGAUUUCUGAUCCGUACUCCUCCGGGCUGGCGUAUGGUCUUCUGGAUCAUCUUCAUGAUCGCCGCAAUCCCUUCGUUCCUGGGUAUCUUCUACAUGCCCGAAACGUAUGCUCCGGUUCUAUUGCGUAGGCGUGCGCAAAAGCUUUAUGAAGAGAGCGCCAGGACGGUUCACUAUGUAUCAAAGUACGAUACUGGCCGCAGAGAGACGCCCAUGCAAAAGAUAUCCAGCAACAUGCGACGUCCAUUUGUCUUUCUCUUCACCGAGCCGAUCGUUGCAUUGUUCUCUCUGUGGGUCGGUGUACUCUAUGGAUCUCUCUACGCCACCUUUAUCGCGUUUCCUUUCGUCUUCCAACGGGAGCGACACUGGUACGCAUGGCAGACUGGUCUCACCUUCUUGGGCAUGGGCGUCGGCGUCAUUUUUGGCAAUAUUCUCGCACCCUUUAACAAUAAGCUAUACAAUCGUAUUGCAGCAAAGCAACCUAAUGGCAAGGCUAGCCCGGAGGAACGCUUAUUGCAGGGUAUGCUUGGAGGUGUCCUCGUUCCCAUUGGAUUAUUUUGGUUCGCAUGGUCGACGCAUCCUAAUGUUCACUUCAUGGUUCCAAUUCUCUCUGGCAUUCCCUUUGGGAUGGGGACGCUCAUGGUCUUUGCUGCCGUCGUUGCAUAUCUCAUGGACACGUACCAGACAUUUACCGCAUCUGCCAUUGCCGCGACUGUCGUCCUGCGUUCUAUACUCGGGGCACUCUUCCCGCUGUUCACGUCUGGUCUGUUUGUGCGGAUAGGAACCCAAUGGGGAGCGAGUGUGUUUGCAUUUCUUGCACUAGCGUGCAUGCCUCUUCCGUUUAUUUUCUAUUUCUUUGGGCAUAGGAUACGUAUGAAUUCGCGCAUCGCUCGUCAGUUUGCCAUUGCGCAGCUGCAGCAACAACAGCGUGCGACUAAUAGAUCGAAACAGCCGUCUCGCAAUCCCAGUCUCCGCAACCCGAGCCAAGUCUAG